AUGGCUACCCCUAGUGUCCUAGCUUUUGACGCUGAGGGUCGCGCCAUUGACUUUGAGGUCUGGGUCGACGACCUGCAGCUGUUCUUACAGUGCGACAGAGCAGACGGCCUUUCUCUCUUUGACCUCACUUCUGGCGCCUCUCCUGCCCCUGCUGCUGAUGCUGAUCCCACUGUGCGCUCUCAGUGGGCCACCCGCGAUGCUGCUGCACGUCUUGCUGUGCGUCGCCACCUCCCUACCUCUGAGCGCGCGCACUUUAGUCAGGACCACUUUCUCGCAGUCUGUCCCACCACCCUCACCGUCGAUAUCCUCGAGAAGGCCCUCCUCGCGGCGGAGAAGAGCAUCGUCGCUGUAGGAGCUUCUCGUGGUGACCCUCGCACCCCCAUCUUUGAGGGGUGCUCUCCUUCCCCCCUCCUGCCCUCUGUUGCCUCUGCUGCUGCUGCCGACCUGCUUGGUCUUGAGUCGGUUGGCGCGGCGUCUGCCCCUAGUGGGAGACGCCGCUCUGGUAAGGGCAAGGGGGGCAAGGGCACGGGUGGAGCUGGAGGGGGCGGUGGAGGUGGCGGUGGAGGCGGCGGAGGGAGUGGGGGUGGCGGCGGGAGUGGCGGAGGGGGUGGUGGUGGUAGUGGCGGCAGCGGCGGAGGAGGCGGCGGUGGUGGCGGCAACGGUGGUGGUGGCGGCAGCGGUGGCGGUGACGGUGGGGGAGGCGGCGGCGGAGGAGGCGGUGGUGGCGGAGGAGGUGGAGCUGGUUGGGGCACUACCCAGCAGCGGAGCGGCGGUGGUGGUGGUCAGCGCUCGCAGCAGCAGCAGCAGCAGCAGCGUUCCCGCGACAUCCCUCCGCCCCAGCAGCUCCGUGAGUGGUACACUCGACGUCAGAGGGGUGGGGGUACUGGUCCUUGUACCUACGUCCUUCGCUCUGGCGACCGCGCGGGUGAGCGGUGUGGGGGUGCCCACCCCGCCCAGCGCUGCUUUGGCCGCCUGACGGACGCUUGGCGUCAGCAGUUCCCCGGAGCUAGUGAGAUCCCUCGCUGGGAUGAGCUUCUUAGGGCUGGUGUAGCGAUCUUUGAUCUUGAUUUUGAUGCUAUCCUUGCUGCUGUGUAUGCUGUGACUACUAGUGAGGAGGGUGACUGUUACUGGUGUUUCCCGCCCGACCCGGGCAUUGGUACUGCUGCGCUAGGUGCUUGUGAGGCUGCUGCUCUAGGUGCCAGUGCAUCUGCGCUCUCAGGUGCUGGUGAGACUGCGCUCUCAGACCGCACCACCCUCACGCCGCUUGGCCGGCCGGUUGCGGUCUCCCUGGCUGACCCCUCUGGGGGUCCUGUCCUCUCUCACUUCUCCACUGUCCUCCCGUGUCCGGCUGCCCCCUCGGGCACCCUGUUUGGUCUGUACCUUCCCUCGUUCUCGACGAACUUGGUGAGUGGUGCGGACCUACAGGAUGCACGCACAGGCCGGCACCUGGCCACGUUCUCGCGUCAGCCGGGGUCGAGCCUCUACACCCUGACCACUACGUCUCCUCCUGUCCCUGCGUCUGGUCAGGUAGCUGCGUCAGGUCAGGUGUUUGCUGCUGCGUCCCGGUCAGGUCCUGAGUCUGCCCCCUGUUCGUGUCGCCUCCUGUCUCACGAGACCCUCCUGUGGCACCACCGUCUGGGCCACCCCUCCUUGCCCCGUCUUCGGAGCAUGGCUUCCCGUGUCCUUGUCUCUGGUCUUCCCCAGUCUCUCCCUCCCCUUCCUUCCGGGCCAGGACCUUCCUGUGUCCCCUGUGUCGAGGGGCGCCUCCGGGCUGCUCCUCACUCCUCCCAGUUCCCCCCGACAGAGGCUCCUCUGCAGACACUUCACAUGGACGUGUGGGGCCCAGCCCCCGUCCGUGGGCAGGGUCACGAGCGCUACUUCCUGUUGGUGGUUGACGACUACUCGCGUUACACCACAGUCCUCCCCUUGCGCAGCAAGGGUGCUGUCACGGAGGUGCUGAUCGACUGGAUCCGCGAGGCUCGUCUCCAGCUCAGGAGGAGCUUCGGCUCGGACUUUCCUGUUCUGCGUCUGCACUCGGACAGAGGCGGGGAGUUCUCCUCUCGCCUUCUGCGAGACUACUGUCGUGCACGGGGGAUCCGCCAGACCUUCACGCUUCCAGACUCUCCACAGCAAAAUGGGAUUGCUGAGCGCCGCAUUGGCAUGGUCAUGGAUGUCGCUCGUACGUCCAUGAUGCAUGCGGCUGCCCCCCAUUUUCUGUGGCCGUUUGCGGUGAGGUACGCGGCGCAUCAGCUCAACCUUCACCCCAGGGUCUCUCGGCCCGCGAUGUCCCCAGUGUUACUGUGGACGGGGAAGGUCGGCGAUGCGUCUGCGUUCCGUGUCUGGGGAUCUCGGGCGUUUGUCCGCGACUUGUCUGCGGACAAGCUGUCCCCUCGUGCUGCUCCCUGUGUCUUCCUUGGCUUCCCCCCUGACGCUCCAGGGUGGCAGUUCUACCACCCCUCCUCUCGUCGUGUUCUGUCCUCCCAGGACGUCACGUUCGACGAGACAGUCCCCUUCUACCGCCUCUUCCCCUACCGCACUCCUUCCCUUCCCCCGCCACCGGACUUCCUUGUGCCGGUAGACGCAGUUGACCCGGUCGAGGUUACUGGUGACUCUGGUGCUGCUGCGGGUGUUGAGCCUGGGGGUGCUGACUCUGGGGGUGCUGUGCGCGGGGGUGCCGAGCCUGGGGGUGCUACUGCGGAGGGUGCUGAGCCUGGGGGUGCUGACUCUGGGGGUGCUGUGCGCAGGGGUGCCGAGCCUAGGGGUGCUACUGCGGAGGGUGCUGAGCCUGGAAGUGCUGAGCCGGGGGGUGCUGUGCCUGGAGCUGCUGAGCUAGGGGGUGCUGCGUCUGGAGCUACUGAGCCUGGGGGUGCUGCGUCUGGAGCUGCUGAGCCUGGAGUUUCUUCUGGUGCUGCGUCUCGGCGCGAGCCCCUCUCUCCACAGGAGCUGCGCGAGUGGUUUGCUCGCCGCUGGAGGCGUGCUGCUGGAGCUGGAGCUUCUUCGACCGUCGAGGGUGCUGGUGCCACCGGUCCCGAAGCUGCUGGGCCUGCGGGUCCUACUGGAGCUGGGGCUGCUGAGGGUGUUGGUGCUGAGACUACUGCUGUCUGUCCUCGCGGUGGUUCUGCUGCUGGUGCUGCUGGAGGUCCUGCCGCUGGAGGUGUUGGUGGCGCUGGUGCUGCCGCUGAGGGUGCUGGUGCUGUCCCUGCUGAGUCUGGAGCUGCCGCGCGGCCUCGGCCGUACUUCGUUCCGCCCCUGCAGCAGGUUCUUGGUCUUUCUCCUCCGGUAGAGUGUCCACAGCCUGUCCAGUCGCAGUCACUGUUGGAGCCUUCCUCCCCUCUACCUGCUCCCUCUCCUUACACUGGUCUUACUGGAGGUCUUGCUGAGCGUCGUGAGCCUGCGUCUCGUCCCGCGUUGCCUGUUCGUGCUGCUCGCGCUAGUGGUCGCGGUUCGCGUCAGCGUCCUCCUCCUAUCCCUGGCACGCACCGGAUGUCUCUGCGUCCGUCCACUACUCCUCUGCGUGCCCCUUUGCCUUCUCCUCCUGAGUCCUCUCUUCCUGCUCUUGCUGACCCUGAGUCGGACUCCCUUCGUGCUGCCAGUCCUACUGUCACGCGUCUGCUUGCCACUGUCGUCACUGACCCCUCGUUUGAGUCCACUGUUGCGUCUGCUCUUGUCGCUGAGCUCUUCGACUUUGCUGCUCGCUGUCGUCUAGACUUCGCUGCUAGUCUUGUUGCUGAGUCUGCGUCUGUCUGUCCUCCGUCCGUCGGGGGUGAGUGUGCUCUUGGCACGGACGUCCUAGAGGACAGGCAGGAGGAGUUACAGUGUCUGGCUGCUGCUUCACCUCAUCUCGCGUCUGUACUGCUUGCUCCUGAGGGAGACCCGGAUGCACUAGACAUCCCGACUCCGCGCUCUUACGCGGAGGCCGUAGAGGGUCCCUACUCGUCUCAGUGGCAGGCAGCUAUGGAUGCAGAGAUGGCUUCCUGGAAGUCCACAGGCACCUACGUUGACGCGGUUCCCCCUCGUGGGGCGAACAUCGUCAGUGGCAUGUGGAUCUUCAGGGUGAAGCGGCCGCCGGGCUCUCCGCCUGUCUUCAAGGCGCGGUACGUCGCUCGUGGCUUCAGUCAGCGGCAGGGAGUUGACUACUUUCAGACCUUCUCUCCCACCCCGAAGAUGACCACUCUUCGGGUGCUGCUGCACAUAGCCGCUCAGCGCGACUACGAGCUUCACUCUCUCGACUUCAGCACUGCGUUCUUGCAGGGUAGCCUGCACGAGGAGAUCUGGCUUCGCCGUCCACCUGGCUUCACUGGGACUUUCCCUCCUGGCACCCAGUGGAGCCUCCGACGGCCAGUCUACGGUCUCCGCCAGGCACCGCGUGAGUGGCACGACACACUGAGGACUACGCUUGCGGCUCUUGGGUUUGCUCCCUCUACUGCAAACCCGUCGCUGUUUCUUCGCACCGACACUUCACUGCCGCCGUUCUACAUCCUCGUGUACGUCGACGACUUGGUCUUUGCCAGCGGACACUGCUGGACUCGCCUACGUGAAUCACACAUGGUGCAGCAGGUCCUUCAGCGCUUCGGCUUCACGUACUCCUCGCCUCAGGCCACUCCUCUGUCUACCCGCCACUCGCUCUCAGCUCUGCCUUCGGAUGAGUCCGUAGAGUCGAGUGGCCCGUACCCAGAGCUUGUUGGCUGCCUCAUGUACCUGAUGACCUGCACACGACCUGACCUUGCAUACCCUCUGAGCAUUCUUGCACGCUAUGUUGCUCCUGGGAGACACCGACGAGAGCACAUGGCUGCAGCGAAGAGGGUAUUGCGCUACCUGUGCAGUACGUCGGGCAUGGGGCUAGUGCUUGGAGGGCGCAGUCCAGUGGUCCUUACAGGUCACGCGGACGCUUCUUGGGCUGACGACCAGGCUACGCAGCGGUCGUCACAGGGUUACACCUUCAGCCUUGGUUCCGGCUCUGUCUCGUGGCGGGCUACUCGUUCGUCUUCGGUUCUCAGCUCCAGUUGUGAGGCUGAGAUCUACGCAGGGGCCAUGGCUGCACAGGAGCUUCGCUGGCUCACCUACCUGCUGACUGACCUUGGAGAGCCGCCUCGUUCUCCUCCAGUGCUGUACGUAGACAACAAGGCCAUGCUGGCCUUGUGUCGAGAGCAGCGUCUGGAGCACAGAACGAAGCACAUUGCUCUUCGCUACUUCCUUGCUCGUGAGCUACAGCAGCGUGGACAGUUGCGGCUUGCGUACGUGGCCUCUGAGGCCAACACUGCUGAUGUGUUCACCAAGGCACUCGCGCCUUGUGACCAUCAGCGCUUCUGCACCCAGCUGGGUCUUGUGCCUGUCUUGCCUCACUUGCUCUCCUCUUGA